AUGUUUCGUGCACGACGAUCUCGCAUCUCGCUGGUGUUUGCCGUUAUAUUUGUCCUCCUCAUAUUCCACUUUAGCCGCUCUCGCAGUUACGAUCAGCCUGCAAUCUUGCAGGUACCUCCGCCGCCCGUCGAUCACCAUAAUCCCCCUUUCCCCGACCAGAACCUCAAAGAUCCAUACGAAAACGACAAUAGUGCGACCGGCAGUGGGGCUCCUCCGCCUGCGUUGGUAGAGCCAGAAGAAUACCAACGACCACCACUUUACACAGAUUCAGAUGACAGCCCAACUCCGUCAAAAGAACGCCUGGACACCCCGAGCAAUGUCCCAUCUCAGGAGCCUGAAUUUGAUGCCGCCAGACUUCAGACGGGUGCGCAGACCCAAAAUAAACAUGAAGAUGAUGAGGAUAUUGUCCCAAUUUCUCACUGGAAGCCGAUGCCCGAACGGCAUCCAGUCAGUCCGGAGGCUUUGAUCAAGCUGCCAACCGGGCAAUCAAAGGAACUCCCCCAACUGCAAGCUAAGUUCAAGGACGAGUCGUCCUCGGACAAGAUGCAGCGGCUGCAACAACUUGACACUAUCAAGUCGGCGUUCUUACAUGCGUGGAACGGUUACAAGAUCUCUGCCAUGGGUCAUGAUGAGGUUAGACCUCUGCGCGGUGGUUUCAAGGACACAUUCAAUGGCUGGGGCGCGACCCUUGUCGACGCCUUGGAUACCCUGUGGAUCAUGGAUCUCAAAGAGGAGUUCUCCAUGGCAGUCGACUACGUCAAGAAAAUCGAUUUUACCACCAGCACCAAGAAAGAGAUUCCGGUCUUUGAAACCACUAUUCGCUACCUAGGCGGGAUGCUCGGGGCCUAUGAUAUUUCGGGACACAAAUACGAUAUACUUUUGGAAAAGUCUGUUGAGCUUGCGGAUGUCUUGAUGGACGCCUUCGACACACCGAACCGGAUGCCAACCCUCUAUUAUAAAUGGAGCCCAGAGUAUGCUUCAGAGUUUCGCCGGGGGGACUUUAAGGCUGUUCUCGCCGAGCUUGGCUCUCUCUCUCUCGAGUUCACGCGUUUGGCGCAGUUGACCAAACAGGACAAGUACUACGAUGCAAUUGCACGAAUCACAAAUGAGCUCGAAAAGUAUCAGGAUUUGACAAAGCUUCCCGGCUUGUGGCCUCUCAACCUGGACGCAUCCGGGUGCAGGCGAGUUCCCGGCGUCUCGCGAGAGCCUGCUGCGGCUGGGCAGCCAGUCAGAUGGUCCUCUGACGAGAUCAACUCGACGAGCUCGGUAUCGUAUCGUACAAGACAAAUUCAUGAGGGCGGAGAGCCUGUCCGUCAUGACAAUGAUUCGUUUGAAACGGGUUUUCCUGUAUCAGUCGAUACUCGGACUCCUCCCCCAAAGCAAGAUUGCACCGGAGGCCUCAACGAUCAGCUCUCAGGCAUUGACAAGUUCGGACUCGGAGCCCUUGGUGACUCUACGUACGAGUACUUACCGAAAGAGUAUAUGUUGCUCGGCGGUAACAACGACCAGUACCUCAACAUGUAUCAGAAGGCCAUGGACACAGUGCGAGAAUAUCUUGUUUAUCAGCCAAUGCUCAAGAAUAAUCGCGAUGUCCGCUUCUUAGCGACAGUUAGUAUGACAAAGAGCCUUGAUGCAAACCCUCCGGGGCGUACCACUUUCGCGUACGAAGGCACUCACCUCACCUGUUUUGCUGGUGGUAUGCUUGCCAUUGGCGCCAAGUUGUUUGGGCUUGAUAAGGAUCUAAAGCUGGGUAGUCAACUGACGGACGGCUGUGUCUGGGCAUAUGAAGCCACAAAGUCCGGAAUCAUGCCGGAAGCAUUCCAACUGGUCCCUUGUAAGAAAGGCGAGCCAUGCGAAUGGGAUGAGGACGCAUACUACAUGGCCAUGGAUCCUUAUGCCGACAAGCGGCCAAUAUCACAUAACAAACGCUCCGCCGGCCCUGAAAAGGGGAAUUGGCACGUCGUCGCCACAGCCGAAUCGUCUUCGCCCCAGGAAGAUAAAACACAGAAAUCAACCACUACUGAGGGUCGACACACCGGUACAACUACCGGGGCAGGCGCGCUCUCGCACGAGGAAUUCGUCACGGGAAAAAUCCUCAACGACCGACUCCCGCCGGGCAUGACAGGGAUCUCGGCUCGGCAGUACCUCCUUCGCCCGGAGGCGAUCGAGUCUGUCUUCAUCAUGUUCCGCCUCACGGGCGAUCCUUCCUGGCGCGAAAAGGGUUGGAAGAUGUUCCAGGCUGUCGACAAAGCCACGAAGACGGAGCUGGCGAACUCGGCCAUUUCCGACGUAACCGUCGAUAAUCCACGCCCGGUGGACAGUAUGGAAUCAUUCUGGCUUGCGGAGACUCUGAAAUACUUCUACCUUCUUUUCAGCGAUCCAAGCCUGGUGAGCCUUGACGAAUAUGUCUUGAACACCGAGGCUCAUCCGUUCAAGCGACCCAAGUACUGAAGUACUAAUUUAAAUGAUCUUUUAGCCUGUAUCUAUACAUGGCCGCUCCGCGUGUAGAAGCAUUGAUACCAUUAAGACAGUAUCGCUGCAUUUUGCUGUACCAUUUGAGCUUGCCAGAGGAACCUCUUUGUAUCUUUUCUGUCCUUAAAGUGAUCCUUUUCCACAAGAUACUUUCAGCACGUAUAUAAUUGCAUUG